AACGCCCUCAACACCUCCAACAGCUGCUUUGAAUUACCUCGCCAAACACACGACCUCAGAAGAAUUGACCUCGGAGAUUUGUGCGCUUUGACGUGGUGGUGGGCUCUUCGUUGAUCCUGCUCGUUCCUUUCGAAUCCAACGUCCGCGGCGAGUUGCGACAUCGGCCGAAGAUCCCAAUCGGCAUCGCAGCACUCCCAAUCUUCCAAAACUCCAGAAUCACUUAGCAAUGGCAGCCAAGAUCACAGUCGGUCAGGUUCCGGCCAUGUUUGCUCGCCGUCAACAGAAGGUGUUCGGUGUCGGCAGACGCCUGCAAUCCACCGCUCCCACAACCCAGAACCCCGCCUAUCCGCUCUACCCCUCCGUCGCCCAGCUCCUCCGUGAGAAGGGUAUUCCCAAGUCUGAUGUCGACAAGAUCCCAGCUUCGGGCCCCAAGGGUCGUCUCUUGAAGGGUGACGUACUUGCAUAUAUCGGCCAGAUUCCCGCCAACUACCCAUCAACCCAGGCCGCCACUCUGGCCAAGCUUUCUCACCUCGAUCUGAGCAACAUCAAGAUCGCCCCGGCCCCGGCCCCGGCCGCCCCGGCCGUGGCUGAAGAGGAGAUUGUCUCCAAGCCCCUGCCCAUGACUUCCGUCGCCAUCUCUAUUUCCCUGGCUACCGUGUUGUCUACCCAGAAGAAGCUCCAGGAUAACCUGGGUGUCACAGUCCCGCUGUCCCGCUUCCUUGCCGUCGCUACAGACCUUGCCAACGACGACCUGCCCCGCUUGGCUAGCUUCAAGCCCUCCGCCGAUGAGCUUUUCGAGGAGGUUCUCGGCGCCCAGCCGAUCAACACAUCCCGCGGUGGUUAUAUUCCCGAGCUGAACGCUUUCGAGGCCCCGAAGACUGUCCGCUCUAAGCCUGUCACCGAGGACCUGAUCGACUUCCUCAGUACAAAGUCGUCCAAGAAGUCCGUGCCUACGGCUUCGGUUGAGAGCUCGGCCGGUGUUGCUUCCAACGUUUUCAGCUUGACCGUCCCUGUUGGUGAGGAGACCCGCGCCAAGGCAUUUUUGGAGCGAAUCAAGACUCUUCUCUCAGUUGAGCCAGCACGGUUGGUGCUUUAG